CCGAUGACGUCCUUUGGCGAGCUGCUCCAGCUCGCGGGCACGUCGGACCCGGCCGAGCUCUUUGGCCGCGCGUGGCGCCUCUGGGGCUCCGUUCAGCGCUCGAUCGAGCCGGCAGCGGCCGAGGGCGAGCUGCGCUCGGCGCAGGCGCUGAUGAGCAUCCUGGUCGACGCGGGCGCGCUCUCCGAGCGCCAGCUCUCCCAGGCGGAGCUCUGUCGUUCCUCCGUCUCCGCGCUCCUCGCCACGCUCGAAAGCCCCGGCGCCGCCCGAGCCGGCGCUCAGCCAGUCGCAGCUGCGGCUGCGGAGAGCGAGACGCCGAGCUCCGAUCUGGGCGCCGCGCACGCGGCCCCGCACGCGGGCCGCCGGCACGCGCCGCGGCCCGACGCGCUGCCGGCGCCCUCCAUGCUGCUCGGGAGCGGCCUGCUUGCCGCAAGGCCCUCCCGCGGUAUGAUGCUCGACUUCCCGAUCGAGCAGCUGCUGCCGCUGCUCGCCGACCCCUCGCAGCUGAAGCCGGUCGCCCACCAGGCUAUGGAGGCGCUCAAGGCCGCGCCGCAGCCGCAGCCGCCGCCGCCGCAGCCGCAGCCGCCGCCGCCGCAGCCGCAGCCGCCGCCGACGACCCCGACGAAAGCCAUGCCGCGCAGGAAGGCGCCCGCCAAGACCAAGCUGGCCGAGCUGAAAGCCACGCCCGCGGCGGCGCCGCCCGCAGCAGAGGCCCCGCCGCCGCCCGCUCCCGCGCCGCUCGCGCCGCCGUUUGCCGUCGCGGACCAGCUGGCGGAGAUGGAGCCGGCGGACCCUCCAGACACCACCCCCGCCCCGAACGGCGUGGCGGCGGCCACGCCCCCGGGGGGCGAGGCGGCCGAGGCGGCCGAGGCGGCGGCGGCCGAGGUUGCCGCGGCUGAGGUGGCGGCGGUCGAGGCGGGGAUCGCCGCGGUGGCGGUCGGGGCGGCGGUGGAGGCGGCGGAGGCGGAGGAGGCGGUCGCGGCGGAGGGGGAGCAAACCCCGGCGGUGGGGGCGGCCCCGGUGGGGGAGCCAGCGGCGGAGGAGCCAGCUGUGGGGGGGGCGCCGCGUCGACUAAGCUUGGCCGACCUCGAGUCGAUUCAAUCCGACGCGAUGGCGGACGACGUCCCGAUCGACCUCGAGCGCAUGUCUGGCUGGACGGCCGAGCAGGCGACGACCUUCUUCGAAUCGGGCGGCACGGAGGUGCCAUGACGGGCAGUGGGGAGAGGGCGGGAAGGAGACGGCCUCGGGCCUCGGCGGGCGGGGUUGCGAGAUCCUCGCGCAAUGCCAAUGGGGGGCUGGCGAGUGGCGUGGAGUCGCGCGCUCUCCGUAGAGAAGCGGAACACUUCAGAGUGUGCCGUGUGGGAGCUGGGAGGCUUUGAGACGAGGUACGGCGUGUGGGGAGUGAGAGCGAUGUAGACUCGUCACAAUAUGAGCGUCUCAUAUUAUCAAUUAUCAUAAAAUAUCA